AUGCGAUGUCGCAGCGCGUUGCUGCAUUCCUCAUUUUUCAGUACAGUCCCUGAUACUCCGAGCGAUCCGUCGAGUAGAGUCCCAUCUAGUCUCAUUUUCCGUGAGAUACGUACUCAUCUUCCCUCACUAUUUGGUAUGUGGUCGACCAACAAGAGUCAUCAACCCAGCCGAAUCCCUAGUGAAGAGAACAAACACGCUAGUAAUUAUGAUUAUGCUAAUGAUGUAGACGAUGAUGAUUAUGAUAAUGAUGGUGAUGUAAAUAACAAUAGAUAUGAUGUUUCUGGUAGUGAGCAUGAUCUUGAUGAUGACCAUGAUGAUAUUCGUGAAGAAAAUCAUGACACUGCUUAUGAUAAUGUCACUGAUGCUGAUCAUUAA